AUGUUCACAUUAGACGAUAAUGGGAACCGAGUCUAUACCCUCAAGAAAGUGACUGCAGAAGGAAAAAUGACGAAAUCUGCACACCCAGCGCGAUUCUCACCCGACGACAAAUACUCCAAAUAUCGUAUCAAAAUCAAGCAGAGAUACGGUGUUUUGCCUACUCAGCUACCUGCAAAACCUUAUUAG